UGUGUGUGUGUGUGUGUGUUGUGUGUGUGGUUGUGCACCGGAUCCAGACAGCUACGCAGCGCCAGACAGCACGGCGCUGUUUUUUACCAUCCACUGAUCAGGAGCAUCUGAAAAAACGGAUCAUGGGUUUGUCCUUUUUGUAAUAUUGUCUGCGCUACAACAUAAAAACAACAACACCAUGGGUUCCAGACUGAGCAGGCAGAGCAGCCUGGACAAUGAGAAUUUCUCCAAAAAGCGACGCAAGCUUCUAGAUAGCACCGGAGAGAGCGAGUGCAGGGGCAGCCGAGGCGGCGGGGACUUUCUGUUUGCGCUGAUGCUGAAAUCGGACAAACUGCCCGGGAUGCUGCGGAGGACCAACCACAGCCCGUACGUGAGGCGAGUGGCGUGGAUCAAAGAGAUCCAGAAGCUGCUCCGGGACCGCAGGAUAGAGCAGGCAACCGACGUGCUCAAACUACUGAGGAAGGAUCUUGGUUUGGAAGGCGCCUCGCUCAACGACAUCUUGUACAAAAACGCUGCCUUCCUCAACCUGGUGGACCCCAUCUCACACGAGCUGCUGCUCAGCCUGGCUCGAGAGAUGCAGUGUCCUAAGAAGGAUGCGGACACCAUAAAGUCCUCUGAUAAGAUCUGCAGACAGCUGAUCUACCACCUGACCCCGCACUCAAAGUGGCUAAGGCAGAGCAUGUCCAGACGGAAAUCCCAGGCCUGUCUCAAGACAACCCUACAGAAGAAGCUGUCCAGUGACUCGGUGGACCUAUCCGGCGUCCCACUGUCCACCCGAGAUGUCCGUCAAGUCGCCUUCUACCUCCAGAACAACAGAGACACUGUGAUGGCUGUGGACGUCAGCUUCACCGAGCUCCAGGACGACAGCCUGAAGAUCCUCCUGCCUCUUCUGGCCUCGCUGCCCAAACUCAGCACCCUGGCUCUCAACGGCAACCGCCUCACGCUUGCUAUCCUCAAAGACCUCACCGAGAUGCUCAAAGACCCCAAGAUGUUCUCCAGCCUGGCCUGGAUCGACCUGGGCAACAACGUGGACAUCUUCACUAUGCCUCAGCCGUUGCUGGUGGCGCUGCGUCGGCGCUGCAGCCUGAAGAGCAGUUUGCCGACUAUCUACGAGUACACCGAGGGUCAGCCCUACUGCUAUCACCUGGAGACUUCCAUCGAGGAGCCCAGCCACUACGAGGAGGAAGAAGAGGAGGACGACGAAGACGAAGAGGACAUAGGGAACAAGUUUGAGCUGGAGCCGUGGAGUUUAGGGGAGAAGCAGCUCUCCAAAGACUUCACCCUUCACUACUGUGAGAGGUGAUGGGGCAUUCCCACUCGGAGGCUCUUUCCACUGUGGUCGACACGUCUUACGUCCCACAGCACUCCGUUACCUCCUUCGCCCUCACACCACGAGCCCCGUCACCCCCUUUGGAGGCACGAGGGACACCACAUUGUGAACUUCUCGUCCCGACACGGCUACCAAGCUAUCCCUAACCAUCUCUGAGUUAACCCACACACGAUGAGAGUGAAGCGACGACGGCGGACUUACUGUGUUGGUGGAUGGCGCUCUUGGGAACAAGGUGCGGUUUCAUUGGAGGGGGGCUGGAAGAGUUAAUGAACCGGUGCUCUCUCUCUCUCUCUCUCUCUCUCUCUCUCUCUCUCUCUCUCUCCCUCUAUCACUCUAUCUCUCUCUCUCUGAUAGCGGCAUCUGAGGAGCCAAUCCCAAGGAGAUUUAGAUCAGUUGGUUGGAUCGAGGAGCAGCAUCCCAGCGGUGGCUGAAGUGGAAUUGGUUUGGAGUUUGGAAACAGAGGGUCCCUCUGGGUUCUCUACCAGGACUGGGGCUAUCUCUGGCAGGCAGGGCCUCGCUCCACAUUGUGUGUUCUCUGUUAAUCUCUCAACAAAAGCUAUGACACAAGUUCAACAGACUAUACAGCCGACGACCCGUCACGUGACGCCAGCAAAACUGCUAGGUCAAGACUUUUUGCGUUUUCCCCCCCUUUCCAAAUGUCCACUUGUCAAUACCCACGCAGCCCUUGUGUAGAUGUAAAUGAGGACAAAAAAAACAUGGUUCUCUUGUGUUUCCACGGGUUAUUUUUGUGCACUCUUGGUGAACAAAGCAAUCUUAGAAGACAACAGGUAGGACUCAACAAUGGCUAGCUGUCACUGAUUGUUUUUUUGUACUUGCCUAAAUGCUGAUAUUCACCUCUUUGUUAAUUAUUGAGCUGUUGUAAUCAUCACCACAGUGUUUAAGUGCAUUUAUGACACCACAGCCAAGUGUUGGUAUGGGCCACCGAGUCUGAGCAGUGCUGCCCGUCCUACUGCUGUAUAUCUCUACAAAUAUGUUGUCAUUUCCGUUAAUUGAUACCGUACUUCUUCAGUGGCCCUAUGCUUGUUAUGAGACACAGCCAUGACUGUUAUGUAUUAAUUAUAGUCUGUCUUCUGUAGCACAUAAUGAUUAAGUGAGACUGACUGAAAGCACUUUAAGGGGACUAUUUUUUUUUUAAAUAUAUAUUUAUGUUUCUCUUUGUCAUAUAAUCUGUGUACAUUGUUUAUUAUUAGAGAUAUUCACAGAGCUCAAGCUGAAGCAUACCUCUUUAAGGUGAAAUGAUGACCAAAUGGCUCAUGAUUGUUAGAAAGUAUCAUUGACAAAAAAAAAAAAAAAUUGUGCAUCGCCACAUAUAUAAUAAAUGUUUAAGUGUGUGUUAUAUGUGUUUGUAACGGUAAAAUGUCUGAUUACUACUGUAGUCAUUUGUGUUGUUGUUUUGGUGUUUCGUCUAUUGUCUGACUCUGUAAUUAUAAUUAUAGUGACUCUUAUUAUGAAACCUCCUGCUGUAAGCUUGAACAGUAAACAAAAAGCGACGUGGCUUAUGGGAUUACACAAUAAGACAGGAAAUAGUUCAGUAAAUGUAAGUUACAGUCAAAGCAGACACCCUUUCACGUCGAAUGUUUUAUUUGAAUGAUGGAGAGCACUGUCCCGUUGGUCCUUGUAGUUUCUUUCGUGUGUCAACGUCAAACUCUUCCUUGUAGCCUGUGUGUACUUGUCUCAUUCCAAACACUGACUGCCAAUAAAAGACCCCAUCCUAACUGA